AUGAGGGAUUAUCCUUCAGUGCCCAAUGUGUUUCGCGUGGCCUCCACGCACAGCAUCAACACCGAGAAUCCCUACAACAACAUCCGCCCAGCGAAUGUCAACUGCAACACCGUCGAAAGACAGCCUCUGGCCAUCCACCAGUUGACCACCAGUGCGUCCAUCGAGCACAGUCAUCCGUCGCAACAGCAGCAGCAACAAAUGGUCCACCACCAGCAGCAGCAGCAACACUCGCCGUAUGCAACAUUGCCGCGGGGUCUGCGCUUUGCACCGCAGCAACAUCUGCAAACUGGAGUGAUCAACACGAUCAGUGGCAGUAUUCCGGCCACGGGGCUUAGUUCUCUGGCUGGCAGCUUCAGUGAUCUGCAGCUGAACAACAUCAGCAACAUCAGCAAUCACAACAGCAACAGCAUCAACAGGGGCAACAACAACAGCAACAACCGUCGACAGCAGCAACAACAUCAGCAGCAGCGACAAGUGGCCUCUUUGAGUCGCCAUCAGCCAGCCAAAGACGUGCAACAGCAACAGCAGCAACAGCAGCAAGCACCGCAGCAGCAUGGCCACAGACAGCAGCAACAUCGUCUGAACAGCGGUGUUGCUGGUGCAGCACCCGAUCCACAGGCUGGCAUCAGCAACAUGACCGCCGUCCAGGGGGGCUACCUGUGGCUUCUCACACCUGUUGCAGCCAGCAUAUCGGUGGCCAUUGUCAUCGCCGCUUUGGCCGGACCCCAAUGGCUCUUCACCGAGGAGAAGUUGCCCAAUGCCAACUACAAUGGGACGGCGAACUUCAAAGCCCUGGACGAUGGCGCCUACAUCACCAAGUACACCAAGUCCAGUCUCUGGAUACUGUGCACCACUCUGCCAGGCCUGGAUGCUGACUCGUACAACUGCGUUAAGAUCGACUACUUUCCCAACGAGGGCUAUCAACCGGAUCCGCACGACUCAACGGCGGCCAUACCCUAUACGGUCACCAAGUCCUGCCCCAUAUUCCUGGCUGCCGGAGUCUUCUUGGUGAUCAGCUUUAUAGUUUUCCUGAUACCGACCUGCUCGCAUCAAAACAAUCUCUAUUAUUUCAGCGCCGGAAUUCUGUUUAUUGUCAGCGGUCUAGUCAUGCUGAUCGGCCUGAUUGCCUAUAUAUCCAUCUUAAAGGCGGAAAUUGGGUCCAAGCUGAGACCCCGCUCCACCCUCCAGCCCGCUCUCAUCAAGGUCUCCUACGGCCAGAGCUUCUUUCUCUUUGUCUUCGGAUUCAUUGUCACGGAAUUCGUUGGCGUCCUGAAUAUAUUCCUCUUCAUCAAUUUGCAGGAGGUCAGCUACUAUAGUGUGAGUGAAUCUGAACAAUAAGUUACUACGACUAAGUACUAUAUAUAGUUGUGUAUAUAAUAUACUUUAAUUAUAAGGUAAAAGGAUUUCUAAAGGACUUUUUCAAU